UUUCCAAGCACAGAUCGACUUGAACAUUUCGACCUUACUGAGCAAAUAUCAUGGAUCGUUGGCAGAAUCGCGUUGCCGUCGUCACCGGGGCCAGUUCGGGAAUUGGCUCGGCGAUCGUCGUGGACCUGGUCAACGCUGGCCUUAUUGUGGUAGGACUGGCGCGACGCGUGGAACGUGUGAAGGAACUGCAAAAGUUAGUCCCAGCUGGACGCAGAGACAAAUUGAUUCCAAUCCAAUGCGAUGUGGGCAAUGAGGCUUCAGUUAAGACGGCUUUCGAUGCGAUCGAGCAGCAGCUGGGCGGAAUUGAUAUACUGAUCAACAAUGCUGGCACUCUACAGGAUGGCCGACUGGUGGAUAUGCCCAUCUCACAGGUCCAACAAACUGUGCAGACCAACAUCAUGGGCAUUGUGAUGUGCACUCAGCGAGCCUUUGCCUCGAUGAAGAAGCGCAACUUCGAUGGUCAUGUGGUGCUCAUCAACAGCAUUCUCGGGCAUAAAUUGUUUGCUCCCACGGCUGGCAAAGCCCCAGAGUUUAAUGUAUAUCCACCCACGAAACAUGCGGUCACGGCAUUGACUGAAAUGUAUCGCCAGGAAUUCCUGGGUCUGGGCACUCGCAUCAAGAUCACGAGUGUGAGUCCUGGUGUUGUGGAUACGGAGAUCGUGCCGGAUGAAGUGCGUACUUCGGCUAGUGAUACGAUGCUCAAGGCAGAGGACAUUUCACAGGCAGUGUUGUUCACCCUUUCCACGCCUCCUCAUAUGCAAGUGCACGAGAUCACCAUUAAGCCAGUGGGUGAACUUCUAUAAGCUGGUUUCUAUUUUUUUUUCAUUUUUUUGUAUGUAUUGUAUAAAUACUUUUUUUUGUGUUAAUAAAUAAUGUACGUUUUACAUUUGCAUAAAUUAU